ACUGGAGGUAGCAAAGGCUACGGAUUUAUAGAAUUUGAGUCUGAUGACGUGGCUAAGAUUGUCGCAGACACGAUGAACAACUACCUGUUUUGUGAAAGACUGCUGAAGUGUCAGUUCAUGUCUCCCGAAAGGGUCCACGAAAACCUCUUCAAGGACAGUAACAGGAUAUUUCUGAAGCCGUCUCUGCCAGCGGUCAGGCGGUACAACAAGAUACGUUCACUUGUUCAGAAGGCAAAGAUGACAAAGCGACUGCUGCGAAAGGAGAAGCUGUUACGGAAGAGGCUGGCUGAAAAGGGGCUCGAUUACGACUUCCCAGGAUUUGCUGCACAGGAGCUUUCCAUAAAGAGAGGAAAAGUCAAACCAUCCAAGAAGUCAAAACCUAACAUUUCUUUGAGCAGCCAGGAUCCUACUCCAGUCUGUACUCCGACAGUGCUCGAGCGCCGGAAAGCUUCCCAGGCGGACGAUGACGCCGAGGACAAUGAAAUAACCCUCAAGCUGCCCCCUGCCAGUGUUAACAACGCUGUGCAGAGACCAAAGAAGCAGCCAAGGAAAAGAUCAAAGCUGAAGAAACAGAAAUAG